AUGGCCUGCUCCAAAACCUACCCUGAGACUUGUUGGAAGACCUGCUCUGAAACCUGCCCUGAGACGUGUUUGGAGACUUACCCUGAGACUUACUCCACAAGCUACCCAGAGGCCUCUGAGAUCUGCCCCAAGCCUUGCUCCUUCACCUUCCCUGAGACUUGCAGAAAGACUUGCUCUGAGACCAGCUCCGACUCCUGUCUGAAGACUUGCCCUGAAACCUGUUCUACCCUAAGCUGCCCAGAGACCUGCUAUGAGAGCUGCCCCAAGCCCUGCUACUCAACCUGCCCUGAAAUCUGCCCUAAGCCUUCCUCCUUCACCUGCCCCGAGACCUGUCUGAAGACUUGCUCUGAGAGUAGCUCCAUAACUUGCCCUGAGACCUGCUCCAACACCUGCACCAAACCCUGUUCAUUCACCUGCCCUGAGACCUGUCUGAAAACUUGCUCUGAGACCUUUCCCAAGCCCUGUUCUUUCACUUGCCCCGAGACCUGUCUUAAAACUUGCUCUGAGACCUGCCCCAAGACCUGUUCCUUUACCUGCCCUGACACCUGUCUGAAAACUUGCUCUGAGACCUGUCCCAAGCCCUGUUCCUUUACCUGCCCUGACACCUGUCUGAAAACUUGCUCUGAGACCUGUCCUAAGCCCUGUUCCUUUACCUGCCCCGAGACCUGUCUGAAAACUUGCUCUGAGACCUGUCCCAAGCCCUGUUCCUUCACCUGCCCUGAUACUUGUAUUAAAACUUCAUCUGAGAUCUGCCCUAAGCCAUGUUCCUUCACCUGCCCUGAGACCUCUCUAAAGCCUUGUUCACUCACCUGCCCCCAAACCUGUGCCGAGACCUGUCUGAAAACCGGCCCUGACACCUAUCUUAAAACUUGCUCUGAGACAUGCUCUGAGACCUAUCCCAAGCCAUGUUCCAUUACCUGCUCUGAGACCUGCUCUGACACAUUCUCCAAGUCCUGCUCCUUCAACUACCUCAAACCCUGCCCUGACAGUUGUCUGAAGACCUGCUCUGAGACUUUCUCCACAACUUGUUCUGAGACCUGCUCCAAGCCCAAGACUUGCCCGGAACCCUUCCUGCUUCAGCACUUUUUCCAAUAG